ACGUGAAUAUCUAUAAUUACAUUUAUGUAUACAAAAUUACUUGUUUGGUUUGCUCUUGAAAUAAUUCUAGUUUUUUUUGUAAUAGUUGAUUGUUUGGAUCCAUUAUAUCAAAAUUUGGGUGAGAAAUGACAUGGCGCUUGCUAGCAACAUGCUCAUUGGCCAAUGUAGCUUUUGCUCAGGUAUAUGCAAUGAGGAAUUUCAACAGACGCUGGUCCCUACUCACCAUGAAGAGCGGAAGCUAAAAACUAUCCUGCAGAAAUUGAACAGUUCCAUUGCCCAGUUGAGCAGUUAUCCUACGUGCGACAAAUGCCACCAACAGCUCAUCACCGUCUACCACAUUCCCGAGAGUUGGUUCCAAAUUUUGUCCAGGACCGAACCGGCUGACAUCAAGAUGGAGCCAGAGUUAAUGAUUGAUGAUCACGAGCUGUCGGAUAAUGAUAACAUUUUUGGGACAGACCCCAUAGCGAACAUAGAGUCAAUUGAACAGGAAACCGAAUUGCAGAGUCAUCUCUUUGCAGUCGAACGUCCCUAUGCUUGUCCACACUGUCCGAAAGCGUUUAAGGACCGUAAAACGAUCCAACAGCACAUUCGAAUUCAUACAGGUGAACGUCCCUUUUCUUGUCCACAUUGUCCGAAGGCAUUUAUGCAACAUACCACGCUCAAACAGCACAUUCGAACUCAUACGGAUGAGCGUCCCUAUUCUUGUGUACAUUGUCCGAAAGCGUUUAGAGAUCGUGCAACGCUCCGACAGCACAUUCGAACUCAUACGGGUGAACGUCCCUAUUCUUGUCCUCAUUGUCUGAAAACUUAUAGAGACCGUUCAACACUCCAACAGCACAUUCGAACUCAUACAGGCGAACUUCCCUAUUCUUGUCCACAUUGUCCGAAAGCGUAUAAGGAUCGUACAACGCUCCAACAGCACAUCCGAGCUCAUACGGGUGAACGUCCCUAUGCAUGUGCACACUGCCCGAAAGCGUUUAAGCAUAGUAACACGCUCCUACGACACAGUCGAGCUCAUACAGGUGAACGUCCCUAUGCGUGUACACAUUGCUCGAAAGCAUUUAUGGAACGUAAAACACUCGAAAAGCACAUUCUGACUCAUACAGGCGAACGUCCCUAUUCUUGUCCGCAUUGUCCGAAAACGUUCACACAAUCUGCAACGCUUAGAACACACAUCCGAACUCAUACGGGCGAACGUCCCUAUUCGUGCCCACAUUGUCCCAAAGCGUUUACGCAAUCUACUACGCUAAGAACUCACAUUCGAAUACACACCAAGGAAGUGCCACUUGUUCAGGACAUCGAAACGAUUACCAUCAAGAUAGAGCCGGAGUUAGUUGAUGAACACGAUUUGUCGGAUGAUAAUAUCGCGUCUGAGACGGACCCAAUAGCGAACAUUGGACCAAUUGAACCGAAAACCGAAGUGCUAAAUAAAGGGGAGGACGGAGAGACAUCCUUCAGCGAAAUGGACGAAAAAUGUCCAAUUUGUAAGAAAGGCUUCUCGUCAAAAGGAUUGAUGCAAGCCCACAUACGAUUACACACAGAGCAGAAACCGUUUGAAUGUGAAGAAUGUGGAAAAAUAUUAAGCACAUCAUACAGGCUUCAGCAGCACAUGCAGACUCAUGCGGGUUCUCUUUCCUGUCCACAUUGUCCGAAAGCGUUUAAGGAUCGUAAAGCGUUCCAACGACAUGUACGAUCUCAUACAGAUGAGCGUUCCAUUGCGUGUCCGCAAUGUACGAAAGCGUUUAAAAAUCGUACAACACUUCAGAAGCACAUUCGAACUCAUACGGAUGAACGUCCCUAUUUUUGUGCACAUUGUAUGAAAGCAUUUAAGGAUCGUUUAACGCUUCUACGGCACAUCCGAUCUCAUUCGGAUGAGCGUCUUUUUGCUUGUACAGAUUGUCCCAAAGCGUUUAAGGAUCGUAAAACGCUCCAAAAGCACACUAGAAUUCAUACCGGUGAACGUCCCUUUCCGUGUGUGCACUGUCUGAAAACGUUUAAGGAUCAUACAUCGCUCCAACUGCACAUUCGAAGUCAUACGGGUGAACGUCCAUAUUUUUGUCAACACUGUUCAAAAGCAUUCAAGGAUCGUAAAAUUCUCUUAAGGCACAUUCGAACUCAUACAGGUGAACGUCCCUAUUCUUGUCCACAUUGUCCGAAAGCGUUUAAGGAUUCUACAACCCUCCAAAAGCAUAUUCGAACUCAUACGGGCGAACGUCCCUAUUCUUGUCUACAUUGUCCGAAAACUUUUACACAAUCAUCAACGCUUAAAGCACACAUCCGAACUCAUACGGGUGAACAUCCCUAUUCGUGCCCACAUUGUCCCAAAGCGUUUACGCAAUCUACAGCACUGAGAACACACAUCCGGACCCAUACGGGUGAACAUCCCUAUUCGUGUCCAUAUUGUCUCAAAACGUUUACGCAAUCUACAGCACUAAGAUCACACAUCCGAGUACACUCCACGGAAGUGUCAUAUGUUGGCGAGCAAUGUAAUCAAACAGCCCUACAACCUUAUCAUUGAUCUCCAGAGUUAACACAAUCAGAUAAGGUUUUACUGGAGCAGGGAUGUGGGGAAAGCAGAUAGAGGCGAAUGAGCUGCAAAGUUUAAAGCCUCUUAAAAACAAAGAAGAAGAAGAAGAAGAAGGGGAAAGCAGAAAUGUAUUCCGGCAAUUCGUUACUGUGCGUUUAGAGUAUUCAUGUGAAGAAAUAUGAAAUUUAUAAAAACCGUAUCAACCGUUUACACUAGCGCGAAUUUAUAUAAUGAAUAUAUUCAUGAGUUCCUUCAUGUAAUUCGAAGUUUUGAAAAUGCACGACCCGUUUACAUCUACAUAUACAGUCAUUCUAUUCCCAUAUUUCAUUGUUUUGUUCCUUAUCGCAUAGUUUUAGAUCCGUAUUUUUUAUUUUUUAGUUAGGGUGGUCCGAAAAUUCAAAUCCUUUUUUCCAAAAAACCACACCUUUAGAAUAACUGGGCCG